CUUGGGAAGAAAAUGUAAAAGGGUACAGCUGAGCUAGGGCUUACGUUUAUUGGUUGUUGCUGGAUUUAUUGUGUUUUCAAACGAGUAGGUGAAAUGAUCUUAAUUGGGUUUUUAAUGGAAACCCAAUAUCCGCGCCUAAUCUGCGAUCCUGUGUUGUAAAUACCGGUGGUGUUUUCAUGGUAAAAAAAUAAAUAUAUCAAAUUCAGAAGCUGCUGUGUUUAAAUUCCGAAUCAAAAACCGAAGACGUGUUGAGCUGUUACCAUCUCUUUCACCAAAUCAUCAUUCGUUUUUUCUUUCUUUUGUUUGUUAGGCAUCCGGGUGUGAUCAGGUAAUAGAAGUAGUGAAACUCGAUAAUUUUUUUUGGGUUUUGUGUGACAUUGUUCGUCUUCUUCUUUGUUAUUGCUUCCUUUGGGGCCUCAUUUGCAAGCUGUAAUCGAAUGGUGUAGCACAUUAGGCCUCAGCUUCCAACACAAAGUCAUAACCCUUCUUCUUCUUCUUCUUCUUCUUCUUCUUUGUUUCUCUCUCUUAGACUCUUGUCUCGAAUAUCUCACCACGCGUCCAUUUUCUCUCUCUCUGACAAUGAGAUCAAAGUGUUAGCUUCUUCUCUCUCUUUCUCUCUUGUUCCUUUGUUGUUGUUGUUGUUGUUUCAUUUCUCAAACAAACACAAAACAAUACAACACCCUGAUUGGCUUCCCCCGAGAUCCGAGCCGGGAAUGGCGCCGUUCUGGUGGUCGAAGGAGGAGAGCCACCGUGGCACGCCGGUGGUGGUGAAGAUGGAGAAUCCCAACUGGUCCAUGGUCGAGCUGGAGGGCCCCACCGACGAGGAUUUCCUAUUGUCGGAGUCGUCUCCCGGCCGGGGCCGAGACAAAGGCCGCGGCAAGAACGCCAAGCAAUUCACGUGGGUCCUCCUCCUCAGGGCCCACCGCGCCGCCGGCUGCCUCACCUCCCUCGGCUCCGCAAUGCUCGGCCUCGCCUCCGCCAUUCGCCGCCGCGUCGCCUCCGGACGUACCGACACUGACCCUGACGAAGACACCGACAGCGGGACACGUGGCGGCGGAGGAAGAGGGCACGAGAACCCGGCAGUGAAGUCGAGAUUCUAUCUCUGCAUCAAGCUGUUCCUGUUCUUCUCGUUAGUUCUGCUUGGGUUUGAGGUGGCGGCGUAUUUUAAGGGGUGGCACUUGGGGGCUCCACACUUGCAGCUUCAGUACUUGUGGGAGAUGGAGUUUGAUGGAGUGAAGGGUGCUUUCGAUUGGGUCUAUUCCAAGUGGGUUUUGAUUCGGGUCGACUAUUUGGCUCCGCCCCUUCAGUUUCUGGCCAAUGCUUGUAUUGUGCUGUUCAUGGUUCAGAGCUUGGAUAGGCUGAUUCUGUGUUUGGGGUGUUUCUGGAUCCGGUUCAAGAAGAUUAAGCCGGUGCCGAAAGGCGGGCCUUUGGAUCUUGAAUCAUCAGACAAUGGCUACUUCCCUAUGGUCCUUGUUCAGAUCCCCAUGUGCAAUGAGAAAGAGGUUUAUCAGCAGUCAAUUGGUGCUGUGUGUAAUUUAGAUUGGCCGAAGUCGAAGUUGUUGGUUCAAGUUCUUGAUGAUUCGGAUGACCCGACUACGCAGUUUAUGAUCAAGGAGGAGGUCCAAAAAUGGCAGAAGGAGGGGGCCAACAUUUUGUAUCGGCAUAGAGUGAUUAGAGAUGGAUACAAGGCUGGAAAUCUCAAGUCUGCAAUGAAUUGUAGCUAUGUGAAAGACUAUGAGUUUGUUGCGAUUUUUGACGCCGAUUUUCAGCCUGCUCCGGAUUUCCUCAAGAGAACAGUCCCUCACUUCCAGGACAAUGAUGAACUUGCGCUGGUGCAAGCUAGGUGGUCCUUUGUAAACAGGGAUGAAAACUUACUCACAAGGUUGCAGAACAUUAAUUUGACAUUCCACUUUGAGGUCGAACAGCAAGUAAAUAGUGUGUUCAUUAAUUUCUUUGGGUUUAACGGGACAGCUGGGGUGUGGAGGAUAAAGGCUCUUGAGGACUCUGGUGGGUGGUUGGAGAGGACCACUGUUGAGGACAUGGAUAUUGCUGUCCGUGCUCAUCUUCAUGGCUGGAAAUUCAUCUUCCUUAAUGAUGUUGAGUGCCAGUGUGAAGUACCUGAAUCUUAUGAAGCUUAUCGGAAGCAACAACACAGAUGGCACUCAGGACCUAUGCAGUUGUUUCGCCUAUGUUUACCCGAUAUCAUCAAAUCCAAGAUCGGCAUUUGGAAGAAAUUCAAUUUGAUAUUCCUCUUCUUUCUGCUCCGAAAGUUGAUAUUGCCCUUCUAUUCGUUCACUCUAUUUUGCAUAAUUCUCCCCAUGACAAUGUUCAUCCCCGAAGCUGAGCUCCCAGCAUGGGUUGUGUGCUACAUCCCUGCAACUAUGUCAUUCCUCAAUAUCCUCCCGGCCCCGAAAGCCUUCCCUUUCAUUGUUCCAUACCUUCUCUUUGAAAACACCAUGUCAGUGACCAAGUUCAAUGCUAUGAUAUCCGGCCUAUUUCAGCUUGGGAGUGCAUAUGAGUGGGUGGUCACCAAGAAGUCUGGGCGUUCCUCUGAGGGUGAUCUCGUCUCUUUAGUCGAGAAAGAGCCAAAGCAUCACAGGGGGGUAUCCGUUCCAGACCUUGCCGAAAUGAAAGAAGAAAUUCGACAGCAGGAGCAAAAAGCUAAGAAAAAGAAGCAUAACAGAAUAUACACAAAGGAGCUGGCAUUGGCUUUCCUUCUUCUAACGGCUUCAGCUCGAAGCCUGCUGUCUGCUCAAGGCAUCCAUUUCUACUUCCUGUUGUUUCAGGGAAUAUCGUUCCUGCUGGUUGGCUUAGAUUUAAUUGGCGAGCAGGUUGAGUGAGUGAAGACUAGAAGAAAGUGCAUAGUAAAGUCUUUGUAGAGAUGUGUGGAUAUUGAUCUAAACACUGUUACCACAGGCAAGAAGGAUGAACAACCACGAAUAUUUAAGCAGCAGGAACUCGAAAAAGAACAGAGCACGGGGGAGAAGAUUGUAGAGGGGAGAACGAAUCUCCAGGGCUCCCCAUUAGAUUCAACCCAAAAGAAACAAAAUACCUGUGCUAAUUGGAAAAAAAGGUUGUCAUCUUGGAGAAGUAUAGGGUACGAUGUAGGGGAUGCGGUUCAAUCUUUUUUUGAUGUUGUCUUAAAUUCUUUUGCUUGUAGCAAUUCUUUUGUAAGAAAAUUUGUCCUUCAAAUUCUAUAAACACAAUUUGUUAAUCUUUUUGAGGCAGUCAUGUAAUGAUGCUUUUACAAGGAUGCCCUAAAGCUCUCUACCAUCUUCACAUUUCAACAACUGCUUUCAGAGAUCAAAGUUCAUACUAACCCAAACUGGUUACACAACCAAAGAUGAAUAGAUGAUCCGAUGUUCUUUUUCCUAUGAUAAAACAUCUAAUUAUUGAAUGGAAAGUUGAUGACCUGAUGUAUA